UAAUGACUGAUGGUGUGUUUAAAUGUGAGCGAGUGUGACAGCGCUUAUGUUAUCUUAGUUUGGAUUUGUGAUUAAACGCUUCGAAAUGAAGUUCUCCUGCCCUCUGAUCUGUGGGCUCAUUUUGUCCUGUAUUUGCUUCAGAGUCACAGACUCGUAUGAGGAUGAGGAGCUGUCUGUGAAUCAGAGUCCAUCCAGCAUCACUGUGAAAGAGGGAGAUUCUGCUCAAAUCACCUGCUGCUGGAGUAAAAUCAAAUAUAAAGUUAAAGUUACUUGGUAUAACAAUGAGAUAAGACUUUCAGAUGUAAAGCAGGAACUCCAAGAGCGUGAAACACAGAACUGUUCAAUGCUCAACUUCAUAAACAUACUUAAAAAUGCUUCAGGUCAUUAUGUUUGUGAAGUGACUCAAGACAUACCAGUCCUGAUUCAGAAGACAGGUUCUGGAACAGCUCUAUUUGUCAAAGACGAUCAACUAGAAACAACAACAACUGUCAUUGUUCACACACUUUUUAACCCAUCAGUCGUAAAGCCAGAUGUACUUGAUAAUCCGAAGAGAAAUCCAGAAGAUGAGAAGCAUAAUUAUUUGGAUCCUAAAGGUAAGAUGUUAUAUGAAUAUUGAUGCUUUUUGUCUUCAACAUACAGUAAUUAGGUACAAAUGAAAGUUACCUUUUCAAAAUAUACACCUUUGUACCUUAUUUACCUCUAAAGGGUGAAUAUUAGUGCCUUAAAGGUAUAGUACCUAAAUGGUACACAUUAAUACUUUUUUAAAAGGUACCACCCCAGUGACAGCUUUUGUAUUUGUUUUAGUGUUUUUGGCUUUUCUAACUUAGGUUUUCCCCUUUUUUAGUUUUGUAGAAUUCCCUCAAAUUCUCUCUAAAAAGUAGGGUGUGCUACAAACAAACAACAAAAUGAAAAAGAUCAAUUGUUUUUCACAGGUAGUUCGCGGGAGGUUGUGAUCAUUUAUAUUUUCAGAAGUCUGCCCUUCAUCUGUCUGUUGGUGGCGUUCUUUUACCUAAACAGGGAUGACAAACGAGUCACAACAUCAAGAUCAGUUGAGCAUGCUGUAGAGUUGGAAGAAGGACCAGAUGAAGACCUGGAGGCCGGAGAGACACAGAUGAAUGAAAGUGAAGAGGUAAAACAGGGUGAGAAAGUUUCCGAACAGGAGAAAGAGAGGGUCAAUAACGAAAAACCUGAAGUUACUGCUGCAACAGAAGAAGAAAAAAAUGAAGAAAAACUGACUACUGUAGUUGUGAGCAUUGAACAAGGUGCAUCUCCAGUGCAUGACAAUGAAAAAAAAACAAGACUGAACACUGAUGAAAAGACACAUCCAAUAACUGAUGUUGAAGAAGGGACUGUUUUUGAGCUGGGCGGCUUAGUUUCAGCUCUGUGAGACACAGGAAAUGGAGUUAUGGGUGUGCUGUUCAGGUUUAUGAUGUCACUUCCUGCAAGAUAGCUUGUUUGCAGACUCAUAAUGGUUUGCAACGACUUUCACUGAAUUCUGAAAGUAGAUGAAAUAAAAUAUGUCUUGUGCAUGCAUGAUUCUUUCUGUUUGAUUGUGUUUUGUGCGAUUGCGUAUGUGGUUGUGUUCAGUGUGUCUGAGGUGUAUCGAGUGUGAGAGCAGUGUUGUGGUUUACUCUGGGCUUCGCUGUGAUAAAAUUAGUUGCAUGGGGAGGGGGUGAAAAUCUGAGAGUACAAGUGUCUCAUGCGUGUGAAAGGUUGUGAUGUGGGAGUAAAGCAGAGUUCGGAUUCUCUGCAGACGCUCAGAAAUGAAGUGUUCCUCCAGACUCCUGUGUGGGCUCCUCAUUUCAUGCCUUUGUUUCAGAGUCACAGACUCAAAUGAGGAUGAGGAGCUGUCUGUGAAUCAGAGUCCAUCCAGCAUCACUGUGAAAGAGGGAGAUUCUGCUCAAAUCACCUGCUGCUGGAGUAAAAUCAAAUAUAAAGUUAAAGUUUAUUGGUAUAACAAUGAGACAAGACUUUCAGAUGUAAAGCAGGAACUCCAAGAGCGUGAAACACAGAACUGUUCAAUGCUCAACUUCACAAACAUACUUAAAAAUGCUUCAGGUCAUUAUGUUUGUGAAGUGACUCAAGACAUACCAGUCCUGAUUCAGAAGACAGGUUCUGGAACAGCUCUAUUUGUCAAAGACAGUCAAAUAGAAAAGACAACGACUGCUGAAGUUUCUCGUCCAACUCAGACUAGCAAGACUACAAACAAUACAACCCCAACCCCAGGUCUCACCCUGCCUAUAUCUCUGGCCGCUGCCAUCGGCCUGCUGACCCUCUGCUUGGCCUUCAGUGUGUGCAAGAUGAGGAACUCCUGUAAAAAAUCAGAGCGAGUGGUCAUUCACCAGACGCCACACAGUGAGGGUGAGGAGCAUGAGAACAUGGAAGAGGAGGCUGGUAGCACAGGCUCCUCUCGAGGGUCCCUCCAAUGGUAUCAAGUGCCUGUUUACUGGUCUUACUUUGAUCUACGGAGGGGUGAAGACCAAUGACAACCAAAAAAGAAAGACGAAUGUGAUGUACUGUUCAUUGCAUUUUGCAUUCUCUCUCUUCUUUCACGAGAACAUCUUUGUAAAUAGCAGAAGCGAUUUUAAUCUUCAGAUACGGUUGAAACCCUUGAGCUCUUGAUGGUGGUAUCAUCAGAUGUUAAUCUCUCUGUUUGUAGCAGCUUUAUUGACAGUUUUAUUCUUAUUCUAUUUUUUUAUAUGAGUCUUUUUUAAAUUAAAAUGAAGAUGUGUCAUACAUACUGACAUGCAUGGUAAACUACUUGGAUUUCAUGCCCUGACAGAUGCAAUUCAAACAUGUAUAAAAGUAGCACACACUGCCUGCCCUGAAGUUUUCUAACUGUGAAAGGUUUUAUACUAAAGACUUUUUAUGCUGUACAGAUGUCGGCUAUGCCUUUCAGCCUUCUAAGAAAUGUUUCUCAGACUUCAUUUUGACACUUCAUAAUGUGGUUUCUUUUGCCAUUUACAAUAAAAGUCUGUGAAAACCA